AUGGCGGCGGCGCGGCUGGUCCUGGCGGGGCUGGUGCUGGGGGCGGCGCGCGCCGGGCAGGUCCCGCUGCUGGGCUGGUCCGGCCACAGCGCCCUCUGGCCCCUGGCUGACAGCUGAGGACACGUGGUCGGCGCGGCCCAGCUGAGCGCGCUCCUCGGCCCGGCGCUGGAUCAGGGCCCCCGCAACGUCCUGCUCUUCCUGCAGGAGCAGCUCAGCCUGGAGGAUUUCACGGCAUAUGGGGGGGUCUUCGGCAACAAGCCCGACAGCGCCUUCCCCAGCCUGGAGCGCGCCCUGGCGGGGGCCCCCUCGACCCUGGUGCUCCCGGCUGUGCAGGGGGCGGCGGCCGCCGGGGUCCUGGGGCUGCUGGAGGAGACGCUGGGGCUGAGCCCCCUGCACGUGGGGCCGGGCACCUUCCGGGAGCUUCGCCUCAACGCCAGCCAGCCGGCCCUGCUGCUGGUGCGGCUGCCCCACGCCGCCGGCUCCAGCCUCAUGGCCCCCAAGGAGGUGCUGAUGAGCAACGAUGAGAUCAUCGGGCAGGUGCUCAGCGCCCUGAAGGAGGAGGAUGUGCCCUACACGGCGCUGCUGACGGCCGGAGCCCCCUCACGGGUUCUCCGGGACGUCUCUGGGGUGGCCCCCGGGGGGGUGGGCCGCCAGCUGCUGCAGAAGCCGACCCCAGCACCAGCGCAGCACCCCCCGGUGCGGUACCCCCUGACUGGAGAGCCCCGGAUCCUCUUCUGGGCCCAGAACUUCUCCGUGCUCCAGGGCAGCAAGUGGGUCGACCUGACGCCCCAGACAUUCGGGGCCGAGGCCUCCGUUGAUGUGAGCAGCUCGUCCUGGAGCUCCAACGACUCCCGGCUGGUUCUGAAGUAUGCGAAUGUUCUGGGGUCCCCUCUGACUGUCACGUUCCACAUGACCAGCCGGCGGUUUCCUGUCUCGGGCCGGGACUGGUUCCAGCUGAGUCGCCUGGAGCUGGCGACCCCCUCGGCCAGCCCCACUGUGUUCAACGCCUCGCAGGUGACGGCCCCCAGCAACUACUCCUGGCGCUGCGCCCACCUCAGCAGCCUGCCAGGCUUCGGGGCUGGCCUCCUGCCCCACAGCCCCAGCUGGGGGGUGCUGCUCCAGGACGUGCAGCUGCAGGGGUUCAACGUGCUGGGCCUGCAGUUCUCCUACGCCAGCGACUGCGCCGGGUUCUUCACGCCGGGCGCCUGGAUGGGGCUGCUCACGGCCCUGCUGCUCGGCGCCAUCUUCGCCUGUGGCCUCCACAUGCUGCUGGGCCUCAAGACCAUGGACCGGUUCGAUGACCCCAAGGGGGCCACCAUCGCCGUGCCCCAGGGCGAGUAGGGCAGGCCUGGCUCCUGCCCCCCAGCUGGGAAACCCUGGGGCCUGCCCCCCCUCCGCCGGGGAUCCCCCAGGCCCUGGGCCCCCUUCUCUCCCCUGCCCCCCGGCACCCAGCCCUGG